AGCGUCUCUCUGACGUAAGCAAAGAGACAGAAGAAACAGCAGCGGCGCGAUUCAGAUUGUGUAUGGCAGCAUCUUCCUCCUCCUCCUCGGCCGGAGGGGUCAGUGCCAGCUCAGUGACCGGAUCUGGCUUCAGCGCGUCUGAGCUGAUCCCACCAAGAAAAGUCCUGUACACGUAUCCGAAAGGAGCCGGAGAAAUGAUGGAGGAUGGAUCCGAUCGAUUUUUAUGCGAGUCUGUGUUCAGCUAUCAAGUUGCAUCCACACUGAAGCAGGUGAAACAUGAUCAGCAGGUGUCCCGGAUGGAGCGUCUGGCUGGACUGGUGGAGCAGUUAGAGGCGGAUGAGUGGAAAUAUAAACCCAUCGAGCAGCUCUUGGGAUUCACCACCUCAUAACUGCUCAUGUCUCACAUUCAUAUCUUUAUUUAGCUUCUCUCUGUUUGUAAACACGCUCAGAACGUUGUUUUGCACUGGUAUUUGCACUGCUAUACGAAUGUGGAAAUAUGCAUUUGUUUGACUAUUAAAGCCUCGUUUAAUAUAAAA